CGACAACAGCAGCACUCAAGCGAAUUUAAAGCAGUUUCUUUAGAGCUUAUAGUGAAUAUGGAGUGUAAAACGCUAUACGAUAUGUUUGUCAAGACUUCGUCCUGUUUCAGCGAUCAGACCGCGGUGACAUUUGACGACAGCACCGGGAAACCUGAGUCUCUGAGCUACGGGCAGCUGCGUGUCCUCUCCGCUGAACUGUGCAGCAUCCUGCGGGAGAGCUGUCUCCCCAAUAAAGGCGUGAUUGGCCUGUUCUGCCGCGAACACUUGCUAUUGCCCGUCUGGAUUCUGGGGAUCAUGCAGGUACCUUCUGCUUAUGCUCCGCUGGACCCUGGUGAUCCUGGUCUUCUUUCCUUCAGAGUCAUGGAGCGCUGCGGUCUCAUGUACUGUGUGGUUCAGACAGAACUCCUAGAGAUAUUCCAGAAAAGUCUUGGAGAAAUGUUAAGGCUUGCUGUCUGUGUGGCAUUGCCCAAGUUUAAACUCACAGUGGUUAAAGUGAAAUCCCCACAUGAAGCCGAGCGGGAUGAACAAACAGAAGAAAUCAAACUUCAGACAGAAGAUGGUGCUGCUGAACUCAAGAACAGUUUUGCCUAUGUGCUCCAUACAUCUGGAACAACAGGAAACCCAAAGAUUGUGAAAGUACCACACAAAUGUAUACGUCCCAAUAUAUGUGAUUUAAGUUUAAUGUUUCAGAUUAAAAAAGGGGAUUUGGUUUUCCUUGCGUCACCUUUGACCUUUGAUCCAUCUGUGGUGGAGAUGUUCAUGGCAUUAACCUCUGGAGCAACACUUUUAAUUGUUCCAGCUCUUCUAAAGAAGAUGCCCAAGCGAUUGACCCAGCUGCUGUUUAAGAAUCACAAGACAACAAUUCUUCAGGCUACUCCCUCUUUAUUUUAUCGCUUUGGUCCAAGUAGCCUUAAAGAGGACGUUUUGUCAGCUAGCUCUUCGUUACGUAUUUUACUGCUGGGGGGAGAGUCCUGUCCCACUCCAAAACAGCUUGCAGACUGGAAACACAGAGACAAUAAAACUGAGAUUUAUAACAUCUACGGCAUCACUGAAGUUUCCUGCUGGGCUUCCUGCUACAAGGUCUUAGAGAAGGAGCUGCAGUCAAGUCAGAGUUCUCCCGUACCCCUUGGAGUUCAGCUGUCAGGCACUGAGGUAGAAGUCCGAGAUGAACACGGAGUGGUUAUGAAAGAGGGAGAUGGACAAGUGUUCAUAGGUGGUGAGCACAGGGUGUGUCUGUUAGAUGAUGAGGAUACACUGGUCUCCGGGACAAUGAGAGCCACUGGAGACUGGGUGAGACUCAAAGAUGGACAAAUGCACUUCCUGGGACGCAGAGACAGAAUGAUCAAACGAAACGGACAGCGCCUCAGUCUGGACGAGGUGCAGCAGCUCAUAUUAACUGCACCUCUGGUGGAGGCCUGUGCUGUGGGCAUUCAUGAAAACCAUCGGCUGAUUGCAUUUAUAGUGACGUCUAAAUUGGAGUCUUCGCCUGUUGUAUUAUGUGAUGCCACAAUGAGAGAGGAGCAGGAGGGAGAGGUUGGAAAAGUGGGGAGGACCAUCCUUAAAGAGUUAUCCCAAACCCUAGCUCACUUCAGUGUACCAGAUACUGUGUUGAUUGUACCUGAAAUACCACUGACUGCUCAUGGUAAAGUGGACAUGAAGGCACUUAUGAGGACCUAUCAAACUCAUAGAAGUGGAUUACUGGGCAGUUCACAGAGGGAUUUCACAAAGCUGACUCUGGAGUCUUUAUGGCAGACAUCUCUUGGCCUUCCUAAAGAAAUACCCAUAAAUGAGGACUCCAACUUCUUGGUCAGUGGAGGAGACUCUCUUAAAGCAUUAAUUUUCCAUGAAGACCUUCUUGCCACUACCGGCCUAACCUCCCCAAAUCUUGUAGAAAUCAUACUUGAUGGCACUUUCGCAGACAUAUUACACCACAUUUCUGAAGUUAAUCUAGUAUCAUCCCUUGAAAACAAUGGACAAGUCAAGCAGGAAGCAACAAAAAGACAUUUGGAAAACCCAUAUGAAGCAAUAGCAAAACGAGAACGCAAAACAUCAUCUGAAAAAGACAUACCGGUAUUCAAGGUUAUAAAAAGAGGCAGUCAGAUAAUUGAGAUGCCUAAUACUAAAUCUACAGGGCAUUUACAGACAAUUGAAGACAUAACGUUGAGUAAGAUUGGUGAAUCUAAAACUGUAUCACUGAAAAUGCACUGGUUGUCAGACACUGGGAGAUGUGUGGACGCCUCACCUGUUAUUUUAGUGCAACAAAUGGCCAGAAGUACAGUGUUUAUUGGGUCCCACUCACACCGAAUCCAGGCCCUGGACUUGGACUCGGGAAGUUUGGUUUGGGAACGGGUUCUUGGGGACAGGAUUGAAGCCUCAGCUACAGUGUCUUCAUGUGGGUCUCUUGUGAUUGUAGGUUGUUAUGAUGGUGGUGUAUAUUUCUUGAAUGUAUCCUCUGGAGAGACUGAGUGGCUCUUUAAAACUGGAGACACAGUGAAAUCUUGCCCUGCUGUUGAUGCUGAAACUGGUUUGGUAUUCGUGGGGUCACAUGAUGGACAGGUUUAUGCCCUGGACCCAAAGACUCGUCAUUGUGCAUGGAAGCAUUCCUGUGGAGGUGGAGCAGUUUUCUCCUCUCCUUUCAUUCAUCCGUCACUCAGACAUUUGUUUGUGGCUACAUUGGGAGGUCGUCUUCUUUGCCUAAACAUGGACACUGCAGAGGAGCUGUGGUCCUACUCCAAAGAUGUGCCCUUUUUCUCAUCUCCAGUCAGUUCAGAUACACAUGUUGUAAUUGGUUCAGCUGAUGGAAACAUUUGCAGUUUUAGCCUCGAUGGACAACUGCUCUGGCAGUUUUUGACCCAGGCACCGGUCUUCUCGUCUCCGUGCCUGACCCCAGACCUGCUGCAGGUCCUGUGUGGCUCUCAUGAUGGUCACAUCUACUGCUUAAACAUUUGUGAUGGUGCUCUGAUUUGGAGAUUUGAGACGUCUGGUAGAGUCUAUUCCAGCCCUUGUGUGUUUGGCACCUCGGCUCCCAGGGUGAGGGGCACAUUGGUGGGCUUGGCAUCCACAGAUGGGUCAGUUUGGAUCCUGGAUGUUGAAACUGGACUCAAGAGAGCAUCACAUACACUUCCAGGAGAGUUGUUUUCGUCCCCGGUUGUGCAUAUGGACUCAUUGGUUAUUGGAUGCCGUAAUGACUGUGUGUAUUGUUUAAAAUUGGAGGUAACAUAGAUGUAUUUAUUAUCUAUUAAAAAAAAAAGUUUUAUAUUACUAAGCUCUCAAAAGCAGUGCAUUAAUAAAUGUCAAAAUUGUU